AUGUUUCAACCUACUAUUGCCACUACAAACAAAACCAAAAAUUACAACAGCAAGAAAAAGCAGUCUUCUUCUCAAUCCAGCAACAACGACGACGUGGAAUGGAGUCAAAGUCAAUUUGAUGUGGAUGGGGACAACAGUCAGGACCAUAAUGGCAAACCACCAAAAGAACCAGAAGUAUCAUUCAUCACACCCGUCGACGCAGUGCUCCAAGCAUUGCAAGAGCAUAUUCGACGCAAUGUACGACGCAAUGUGCAAACCAAAUCGGGAAAACGAAAUGGGUUUGGUCUGGCGCUUUUUGGCACACGGAAACGAACACGCGUCGAUAUUGACGAACUCUUGGCAGCCAACAGAGACAAACGGCGUUUUGGUAAACAAAAGCAAACGAAAAAAGAUGAUGAUGACAAUUCUCUGGUCGAAGAAGAAGAAGCAGAAAAGAAGAAGAAGGAUUCCGAUGAAGAUUCCGAUUCCGAUGACAGUGAUGAUGAUGACGAUGACAUGCACCCCAAAUCCAACCGAGCCAGUGGACGAACCACCAUUCACCAUUUGAUUGCUCUAGAACCACCCGGUGUCGACACGGUCAAAAUACUUAGACAAUGCCUCAUGCCCGACAAUAACGAACAACAAGAAGAAGAAGACCGCCGCAUGCUAGACUUGAAACACUUGUUUGGACACAAACCACAAAAACACCAAGACGACGACUUUUUAUCGGAUUCAUUACUCAUUGCGCUCAAUGACAUUACAGGAACUUUUAAAGACGCUGAAAAGAAUGGCGGAUGUGUCCACAAGCUACGAACACCCGCCGAAAAAAUUGGAAAUGACAAAAAGUGCAUUUGGAUUGUCACCAAUCAAGACGACUUUUGCAAGCGAGAUCCCGAACGACAACGCAUCAUUCAAACUACGGUACAGGACCUACGCAACAAUGGAUUCGAAAUCAAGGGGUGGCCUCUGCCGCCGCCCACGGGAAAACGAUCCGCCGUUGCAGCACGCAAAGAAAGUUGCUUUUUUGACAAGAUUGCCGACAUUCCAGAUGAUCUGCGGCAGAUGCUACAACGGGCCAUGAAGGGACGCAGAAGUAGUAGUAGUAGUGGCGAGAAUAAGCACUAUUAUUACGACUUGCAAGAUAUCGAUGAUGUCUUGUCGGGGCACUGGAAGACCAUCCGAAAGUCGUUACAAGUGCCACUGCUGUUCCCGGAUCAAGUGCCAUUCUUUCUACAGAAACUACAACCACCAACCAAUCAGCAAGACAAUACCGGUAGCAUCAAGCAAGAAGACGUUGAAAAUGAUGGCGACAAGAUGGAAACGGAUGGUGACAAAAAGGAAGGGGAAGAAGAAAAGAAGGACGAUGGGGAAGAAGAAGAAGAAGAUACAAAACAACAACUUGCACCAUCCAUUACCCUGGACUUUUUCACGCUAGUGUCGCUCCAGAAGAUUCCCACUGGAGAGAAGAUCAAAGCUGAGAUAGGGAAAGACGAGAAGCCUGUGGAACUGGUGUCGUACUCCUACAAACAAACUAUGUCAGGAGAAAUACUCGCCAAGUUCAAAUCCAAAGCCACGGACGAGGAAAAGGAGCAGGAAAGGCAACAACCGGGACUGGCGCGAAUCCGAAAGUUUCAUGCCUUGAAGACCAAAGAGAUUGUGCCCAUCAAGGUGGAGGAAGUGGUGGAGCUCAAGAAACAAUCCAAUGCAACCGAGUUUCGUAGUUUGACUCUACUGGGGUUCAAAAAGCCCGAGAAGGUACCACUCCACAUGAACUUGAAAUCCUACUUUGUAUACCCCAAUGAAGACGCGAUUGAGGGAAGCACGGCAGCCUUUGCUCACUUGCAUCAGGCCAUGCUCAAGAAAAAGGUUGUGGGGAUUGGGGAACUUCUAGUACGUCACUCGGCCACCUCCAGACUUGUGGCUAUCCAGGCCAUGGAGGAAGUGAUGGACAGGGAUAAUGGCGACGGUGACAGUGACGAUGAGAGCGAAGAUGAGAUUGCUCAGUUGUACCCGCCGGGUUGGAUUGUGACUUAUCUGCCGUUCGAGAACGAAGUUCGUACGAUUCCACCAGACAAGUCGACGAAUGAAGAAUUUGAUGUUCCGGACGAUGUGGUCCAGGCAGCCACGGCUGUUCUUGCUACCAUGCGAUUGGACGAUUUUGACAUUUCAAGUGGGUUCAAGUCUGGUCACCUGGAAAAAUUUUGGGAUUAUAUUGAAAGUGUGGCUGAGGAAACGGCUCUCUCUCCUUCAAGGGACUAUUGUAUCCAAACUCUGAGCGAAGAUGCUCUUGAUGUCAUUCGGGGGCCAGUCUCGGAACUGAAAGAUGCCCUGCCAGAGGACCCAGUUGAGCCACCGAAGAAGCGCAAAGCUGCGAAACUGGAGGCGUCCGACGACACAGAUUGGGCCAAGGAACUCCGGGAAGGCAACCUUGACAGGUACACAGUUUCCGAUCUCAAGCUUGGCUGUGAAACUUACGGCAUACCAAAGAGCGGCAAGAAAGCAGCUCUUAUUGAGCGCCUUUCGGAUGCAAUUCGAGGUGGCGAGGACGCCUGA